ACUCUUAUUGUUUACUGGAUUAUUCCAUAUUGACUGACAAUAGAUACUUUACCAUUAAACGGACACUUUAUUAGAUAUUGGGCACAACAAUAUUGGUUUGCCAGCAGUUGUGAUGUUUCUAGUUAAGUUGUUCAACCUGGCCUUAGUGCUCUUUGUGAGGAGUCAACAGAUUACCCAGGAGAACUUCUUCGCAUGUUCUAAGAGAGAGUCGUUGAACACCACGAUGCUCACCGUCCCCAUCAUCAGCCGAAUCCAGUGCGGAGCCAAGUGCUUGAAACAUUCUCAGUGCAAAUCAGGACACUUUUGCCAGGAAGAUGAUGGUACAAAGUUGUGUUCUCUGGGAUCUGAUUGGCUCUUUGGAGGUUGUGAUGUUUUACCAACCAAUGGAAAGUGUUCUUCUUUUAAAAUCGUGAACCCGUGUGAAAAUGGUGGCUCUCUGACUCCCGAUGGGUACAACUGCACCUGCCCUUCAGUCUGGUACGAUACAUUCUGUCAGAGACGCCGCUAUGAUUGUAUAGAACGUGAAGGUUCUGGAUCUAUCGUCACGGUAAUACAACCAAAGUACUACGACAAAGCCCUUGUUGUUGUCUGUCAGCAACAGCAGAACACCCUUGUUGGAUAUUUUGUUUCAGUAAUAAAACCAGGUGAUCUGAACAAAACAUAUGAAGAAUACAAAGUUGGCUUUGUAAAUGACUUUGCAUCCAAUUGGAUGGGACUGGAGACAAUGCAUGCCCUUACAAGCCAAGGAGAGUACAGGCUGACGAUUAAACUAAACAGUUUCACUGGCUUACAGGUUGUCUAUGAUGACUUCAACGUGAGUAGCGAGGCUGAAGGAUACUCUUUCAAUUACGGUACCUUCCGAGCAGACCUGAGUAACUUAAUUGAUGGUUUUGCUGCCAACCCUUCUAUUGGAUCAGGGAGCCUUGUGGGUGUUCCUUUCAGCACGUACGACAAGGAUCCGUAUGGGUGUGCGGCUCUCUACGGGGCAGGCUGGUGGUACGACUCCAACUGCGGACCUGUGUUGGUGUAUGAUCCAACAUCUGGAAGAGGGAGGUGGCCAGAUACCCCUACAACUCUUAAAAUGCACCAACAUUUCAUUUCGUCUUCAAGUUGAUGCGAUAUUAUUGACACAAACGAGAAUGCUGAAAUGCACCCAUGCAGUCCCCCAGUUGGUCUAUCAAGUUAUGAUUGUGCAACAUAUCUGCAAACAAGUGGUUAAAGUGCAAUAUCUAUUUCAGGUAUGCCAUGGUGGAGGGAAAGAUUAUUUCACUGAACAUGGCAGAAAUCAAUGCAGAAGCACUAAACACAAUGGUCACCCAAAUAAAAUUAAUUGUAGGGACUACAUUUUAUCACGAA